AUGGCUGCCUCACUGGACAAUGUGCCACCCAUGUCAUCCGCAUCACGGCAACAGUUCCAGCAAUACCUGGCGCGUCUUGCUUCCACCCCAUCUGCAGCGACUGACAAGAGCGAUGACAGUAGCGCCUCGUCUGCUGCUAAUGUGGAUGUGCUCGUGCAGCGUAGUGCUCAGCUCGCAUCUCGCGUGGAUGCGCUUCAUGCGCAGAUCAUCGGACGAAACACUUGCUCCGCCGACAAUGACGAUGUACGGCUCUUCUGGUCUACCUUGGCGUUGCUCACCAACCUUCGGGCGGCUGCAAGUCAGCUUGAGCAGCAAACGUCUAGCGGAAAAGAUGCAAAGCAGACCGAGUUAGCCUUGGCAAGGACAAGGCAGGAUGUGGAGAUCGUACAGUCACUGCUUAAAACGCUCAGUGUUUCGAGCCAAGCUGAAUCAGCCGACGUGUUUACAGCUGCGCCGCUUUCACCGCGUUCAUGUACAGUCUCGUUCGCAAAUGCAUGUACGACAGAGAAGCAGGACGGAUACGAAUACUGGAAGCAGCGUACACUAUCGUCAAUCCAUACGGACCAUGAUGAAUCCUCUCCUUGUACCUCUGACGAUGAUGCGGCGUCCUCGUCCUCGGUCUUCACCGAGCCCGACCUUGAUCCCACUCCGCCCAAACUCGCCGCUCUCAACCCCGAUCAUUCACGAGAUACCCAAGACUACUCCGAAUACUCUCUUGCUUCGCAUCGCUCCACCUCAUCUCCACCCGCACCUGCACCCGGACCCGAGCCUCCGGCGCCUCCUCAUCCCUCUACUACUACCGCCAGCGACACCAUCCUCCAAUCCGACCGAGCAAGCCACGAAGCGCUCUCCUCGGAACUCCUGCGCAUGGCCUCGAUCCUCAAAACCAACUCGCUCGCCUUCGCCGAUUCUCUCGAACGCGAUCGCUUGCUCCUCGAAAAGGCCGCCUCUGAUCUCGGCCAGAACCUCGACCUCAUGACUCGUACACGCGGAAGGCUAGGCGUCUAUUCCAAAAAGGCCAGAAGCAUGGGAUGGUUCACCCUCUCUGCCAUUCUUAUCGUCAUCAUCAGCUGGAUGCUCAUGUUUCUGCUCAUCCGACUCACCUGA